AUGACAACUACAAAGAAAACAACGCCUCCAACGUCUACAAUGACAACUACAGAGAAAACAACGCCUCCAACGUCUACAAUGACAACUACAGAAAAAACAACGCCCCCAACGUCUACAAUGACAACUAUAGGGCAAACAACGCCUUCAACGUCUACAAUGACAACUACAGAGCAGACAAUGCCUUCAACGUCUACAAUGACAACUACAGAGCAGACAAUGCCUUCACUAUCUACAAGGACAACUACAGAGAAAACAACGCCUUCAACAUCUACAAUGACAUUUACAGAGAAGACAACGCCUUCAACCUCUACAAUGUCAACUACAGAGCAGACAACGCCUUCAACGUCUACAAUGACAACUACAGAGCAAACAAUGCCUUCAACCUCUACAAUGGCAACUACAGAGCAGACAACGCCUGCAUCGUCUACAAUGACAACUAUUGAGCAGACAACGCCUUCAACGUCUACAAUGAUAACUACAGAGCACACAACGCCUUCAACGUCUACAAUGACAUUUACAGAGCAGACAAUGCCUUCAACCUCUACAAUGACAUCUACAGAGCAGACAACGCCUUCAACGUCUACGAUGACAACUACAGAGCAGACAAUGCCUUCAACGUCAAAAAUGAUAACUACAGGGCGGACAACGCCUUCAACGUCUACAAUGACAACUACAGAGCAGACAAUGCUUUCAACGUCUACAAUGACAACUAUAGAGAAAACAGCGCCUACAUCGUCUACAAUGAAAACUACAGAGCACACAACGCCUUCAACGUCUACAAUGACAACUACAGAGCAGACAAUGCCUUCAACGUCUACAAUGACAACUACAGAGAACACAACGCCUUCGAGGUCUACAAUGAAAACUACAGAGCAGACAAUGAUUUCAACGUCUACAAUGACAACUACAGAGCAGACAACGCCUGCAUCGUCUACAAUGAAAACUACAGAGCAGACAACGCCUGCAACGUCUACAAUGACAACUACAGAGCAGACAAUGCCUUCAAUGUCUACAAUGACAACUACAGAGCAGACAACGCCUGCAUCGUCUACAAUGAAAACUACAGAGCAGACAACGACUGCGAUGUCUACAAUGACAACUGCAAAGCAGAAAAUGCCUUCAACGUCUACAAUGACAACUACAGAGCAAAGAACGCCUUCAACGACUACAAUGACAACUACACAGCAAACAACGCCUUCAACGUCUACAAUGACAACUACAGAGCAAACAACGCCUGCAUCGUCUACUAUGACAACUAUAGAGCCGACGACGCCUUCAACGUCUACAAUGACAACUACAGAGCAAACAACGUCUCCAACGUCUACAACAAAAACUACAGAGAAAACAACGCCCCCAACGUCUACAAUGACAUCUAAAAGACAGACAACGCCUUCAACGUCUACAAUGACAACUACAGAGCAAACAACGCCUGCAUCGUCUACUAUGACAACUAUAGAGCCGACGACGCCUUCAACGUCUACAAUGACAACUACAGAGCAAACAACGUCUCCAACGUCUACAACAAAAACUACAGAGAAAACAACGCCCCCAACGUCUACAAUGACAUCUAAAAGACAGACAACGCCUUCAACGUCUACAAUGACAACUACAGAGCAAACAACGCCUUUAACGUCAACAAUGACAACUACAGAGCAGACAAUGCCUUCAACGUCUACAAUGAAAACUACAGAGCAGACAAUGCCUUCAACCCCUACAAUGGCAACUACAGAGCAAACAACGCCUGCAUCGUCUACAAUGACAACUAUAGAGCAGACAACGCCUUCAACGUCUACAAUGACAAUUACAGAGCAAACAACGCCUCGAACGUCUACAAUGACAACUAUAGAGAAAACAACGCCUGCAUCGUCUACAAUGAAAACUACAGAGCACACAGCGCCUUCAACGUCUACAAUGUCAACUACAGAGCAGACAAUGCCUUCAACGUCUACAAUGACAACUACAGAGCACGCAACGCCUUCAACGUCUACAAUGACAACUACAGAGCAGACAAUGCUUUCAACAUCUACAAGGACAACAACAGAGCAGACAAUGCUUUCAACGUCUACAAUGACAACUACAGAGCAAACAACGCCUUCAACGUCUACAAUGACAACUACAGAGCAAACAACGCCUUCAACGUCUACAAUGACAACUACAGAGCAGAAAAUGCUUUCAACGUCAACAAUGACAAGUACAGAGCAGACAAUGCUUCCAACGUCAACAAUGACAACUACAGAGCAGACAAUGCCUUCAUCAUCUACAAUGAAAACUACAGAGCAGACAAUGCCUUCAACCCCUACAAUGGCAACUACAGGGCAAACAGCGCCUUCAUCGUCUACAAUGACAACUAUAGAGCAGACAACGCCUUCAACAUCUACAAUGACAAUUACAGAGCAAACAACGCCUCGAACGUCUUUAAUGACAACUACAGAGCAAACAACGCCUUCAACGUCUACAAUGACAACUACAGAGCACAUAACGCCUUCAACGUCUACAAUGACAACUAUAAAGCAGACAACGCCUUCAACGUCAAAAAUAACAACUACAAUGCAGCUAACGCCUUCAACGUCAAAAAUAACAACUACAAUGCAGACAACGCCUUCAACGUCAAAAAUAACAAGUACAGAGCACACAACGCCUGCUUCGUCUACAAUGACAACUACAGAGCAGACAACGACUUCAACGUCAACAAUGACAACUACAGAAAUGACAAUACCUUCAACGUCUACAAUGACAACUAUAGAGCAGACAAUGCCUUCAACGUCAACAAUGACAACUAUAGAGCAGACAACGCCUUCAACGUCUACAAUGACAAUUACAGACCAGACAACGCCUUCAACAUCAACAAUGACAACUAUAGAGCUGACAACGCCUCCAACGUCUACAAUGACAACUACAGAGCAGACAACGCCUUCAACGUCUACAAUGACAACUACAGAGGUGACAAUUCCUUCAACGUCUACAAUAACAGCUACUGAGCAGACAGCGCCUUCAACAUCUUCAAUGACAAUUACAGAACAAACAACGCUUUCAACGUCUACAAUGACAACUACAGAGCAGACAAUGCUUUCAACGUCAACAAUGACAACUACAGAGCAGACAAUGCCUUCAACGUCUACAAGGACAAUUACAGAGCAGACAAUGCCUUCAACCUCUACAAUGGCAACUACAGAGCAAACAACGCCUGUAUCGUAUACGAUGACAACUAUAGAGCCGACGACGCCUCGAACGUUUACAAUGACAACUACAGAGCAAACAACGUCUACAGCAAAAACUACAGAGAAAACAACGCCCCAAACGUCUACAAUGACAGCUAAAAGACAGACAACGCCUUCAACGUCUACAAUGACAACUACAGAGCAGACAACGCCUUUAACGUCAACAAUGACAUCUACAGAGCAGACAAUGCUUUCAACGUCAACAAUGACAACUACAGAGCAGACAAUGCCUUCAACGUCUACAAUGAAAAUUACAGAGCAAACAACGCCUCGAACGUCUACAAUGACAACUUUAGAGAAAACAACGCCUGCAUCGUCUACAAUGAAAACUACAGAGCACACAACGCCUUCAACGUCUACAAUGUCAACUACAGAGCAGACAACGCCUUCAAUGUCUACAAUGACAACUACAGAUCACACAACGCCUUCAACGUCUACAAUGACAACUACAGAGCAGACAAUGCUUUCAACGUCUACAAUGACAACUACAGAGCAGACAACGUCUUCAACGUCUAUAAUGACAACUACAGAGCAAACAACGCCUUCAACGUCUACAAUGACAACUACAGAGCAAACAACGCCUUCAACGCCUACAAUGACAACUACAGAGCAGACAAUGCUUUCAACGUCAACAAUGACAUCUACAGAGCAGACAAUGCUUCCAACGUCAACAAUGACAACUACAGAGAAGACAAUGCCUUCAACGUCUACAAUGAAAACUACAGAGCAGACAAUGCCUUCAACCCUUACAAUGGCAACUACAGAGCAAACAACGGCUGCAUUGUCUACAAUGACAACUAUAGAGCAGACAACGCCUUCAACGUCUACAAUGACAAUUACAGAGCAAACAUCGCCUCGAACGUCUACAAUAACAACUACAGAGCAGACAAUGCUUUCAACGUCUACAAUGACAUCUACAGAGCAGACAGUGCAUUCAACGUCUACAAUAACAAUUACAAAGCAGACAACGCCUUCGACGUCUACAAUGACAAAUACAGAGCAGACAAUCCCUUUAACGUCUACAAUGACAACUACAAAGCAGACAACGCCUUCAACAUCUUCAAUGACAACUACAGAGCAGACAACGCCUUCAACGUCUACAAUGACAACUACAGAGCAGACAACGCCUUCAACGUCUACAAUGACAACUACAGAGCAAACAACGCCUUCAACGUCUACAAUGACAAAUACAGAGCAAACAAUGCCUUCAACGUCUGCAACGACAACUACAGAGCAGACAACGCCUCCAACGUCUACAAUGACAACUACAAAUCUGACAACACCUGCAUCAUCCACAAUGACAUCCACAGAGCAGACAACGCAUUCAACACCUACAAUAACAACUACUGAGCAUUCAACGCCUUCAACAUAUACAAUGACAACUACAAAAAUAACAAUGCUUCCAACAUCUACAAUGACAAAUACAGACAUGAAAACGCCUGCAACAUCUGCAAUGACAACAAUUGCAUCCGACAGGAGAGUUUAA